AUGUCAUAUAAAGAGGAGUAUGAAGUCGAUUUUAUUGUUGACCAUAAGAUUGUGCCGGCGUCGGAAGAGAAGGACAGAACGAGAAAGUACAGGUAUCGGAUACGAUGGGAGAACUAUGGCACGGAUGAAGACACAUGGGAGCCGGCUUCGAAUUUGGAGGUAGGACCGGUAACAGGUAAAUCGCGUGUUAGGACCGGGACAUACGUUUUCGAAAUUUUAAGUGAUUUUUUAAAACUAUUAAGGAUUUUUGAAUGUAUGAUUUUUUAAAAUUAUGGUAAGUUUUAAAAAUUUUAAAAGUUUCAAACAUUUCAACUUCAACAUAUUCCAAACAGCAAGAACUUUGUUUACAAAACAUAAAAUGACAAUAACUAUCUUUACAAAACGUAGAAUUGCAUAUGUCGUAUAACUUGUCACCCGCAAGAUUGUAAGGAAUUUGCAUUAUAUAUCAAUAUUAUUAAUAAAAGUGGGGCUAAUAUAUUAAUAUUUUUAAAAUUUGUUACCUAAAAAUUAAAAAACACAUAAAUAAUAGUCAAAAAUUAACCUCAACUAUGUCCUGGUGUACCUUAAGCUCAAGGGAUGGUCAAUUUUCUAACAGAAACGUGCGUGCUAUGCCCAUUUUAAUUCAAGGUCACUCAGGGGUGCAAGAAGAUGCUACGCGAGUACCAGAAGCAGAACUUUGGCCGAAAAGUGAAGAAUAAUGAGGUACUAUCAGAUGCAGAACAACGAGCUUGGAACUUGUAUGUUUUUGAAGGUUUUUUGGAAUUUUUAGUGGUUUUGUUACCUAAAAUGUCACUUUUUCGCUUUUUUUUACCUAAACUUUAAAUUUUAUUGUUUUUGUUACCUAAAAUAUCACUGUAUGGUUUUUGUUACCUAAAUUUUAAAUUUAAUUUUUUUUUGUUACUUAAAAAUAUCAAAAAGUUCAAAAUCUUGUUCUAUAUCACCGUAAAACACCUACUUUUAGGAAGAAAAGUGAGAACUUAGCGUUAAAACUCCAAAACGCAGGUAAACCCAAGGCCUACAUUGACGACGACGAUGAUAUCUUCACAACCAGUACUCAAGAAUGCUCAGAAGUCUCGUCCAUGGAAGAAUAUGAUCAGCCAAGUACGUCUGGACUGAAUACGGCAACAAAGGCUGCUAAAAAAGGACCGGUAAUACCUAAUUCGACUAAAGAACAACGAGAAUCGAUGAAGAAUACGAAGGAUUGGGAUGACUACUCUAGUCAAUCGAGUCAGGACAGUGCGUAUAGCUAUCCCAGUAGUAGAAGUGAGGUCAAAAAGAAGAAGAAUAUGAAAGAAAAGAAGGAUGAUAAUGAAGAGGAAGUAGAACAGAAUGUUGAAAAGAAUGAAGAUAAGGAAAAGAAGGAAAAACAGAAAGAUGAUGAAGAACAGAAUGAAGCAGAAAAUAAUGAAAAGAAGAAAAAGCAAGAUAAAAAGAAGAAAAAGGAAAGAGAAGAUGAAGAAGAGGAUGAUAAAGAAAAGAAAAGUAAGAAGAAUAAGAAAGAAAAGAAAGGUGAUAAUGAAAAGGAAGUAGAAAAUAAUGAAACAGAAGGUAAUGAGAAGAAGAAGAAACACAAAAAGAAGAAGAAAGAACGAGAAGAUGAACAAGAAAAGGAUGAUAAAGAAAAGAAAAAAGGAAAAGAUGAACAAGCCAAUAAAGGAAUGAAGCGAGGAUUGGACGAAGGAGAAGAGGAGGUAGUGUGCAUUUUUAUUUUGAGUGGUGUAAAUUUCAAAAAAAUUUGGUUUUGGGGUGGGGGUUUUGAAAAUGUUUUUCUUUCACCCUGCCUCACCUUACCCCACCUACCUUUUCCUACCUAACCCUAUCUUGCCCUUACUUUACAUUAUUCUACCGUAUCUUACCUUGCCCUAUCAUACCUCACUUUACCUUACCCCGGCCUCACCUUUCCCUCCACCGAAAUGACCUUGCCCAAAACUAAUUAAGGAUACGUAAAAAAUUUUACAAGGAUUUGAAUAUUUGAAGAUCUAAUUCUGUAUUUUUAGACAACAGCAAAGGUUGUAAAACCAUUGAAACUGAAACUGCCGAAGAUGCCGAAAAGUGCUCGACUAGCAAAGGACAGGCCCAAGGGUUGGGAUGUGGAGGACGCGCGACCGGUAUGUUUUUGAUAGUUCUUAUGGCUUUUUAGGUAUUACGAAAUUGAUUUUUAGAAAGUUUUGGGCACUUUAUGAUAAGGAAAGCGAUAUUUUACCUAUUUUUGUUAAUAGAAGGAGUAAUAUUUAAAAAAAUUUUUUUUUUGGUUUUUAUUAAAUUAUAGUCUAAAAAGCUUUGUUUUUGAGAAUUUUAAAUGAAAAAAAUAUUUUUAUAUAGUUCUUAUAUUAAAAAAUAGCAAAAUUUUUAAAAAUUUUAAUGUUUUGGGGCAUUUUUUCAAAUUUUAUAGGCCAAAAAGUUUUGUUUUUGGGUGAUUUUCACAUUUUGUAGCUCAACAAGUACUGUUUUUGGGCAUUUUUAAAUGUGAAAAUUACGGUUUUUCUAGUUUUUAUAUCAAAAAGCGUAAGAUUUUAUAAAGUUUUAAUGUUUUAGGGCAUUUUUUUAAAUUUAUAGUUAAAAAAGUCAUUUUGGGAAUUUUUUUUAGGAUUUCAACUGCUUUUGUAAAGUUUUUUAAUUUUUAAAAUUUUUUAAUAACAAUCUCAAUACAGUGAAACUUUAGUAUGACACUGAAUGAACUGGUCUACUAUUUCACUUCUAGUGAAUAACUUUUUCUUAUAGUCAGGACGUCAGGUACAGUGAUACUGCUGUUUAACGAUAGUCGCUCGAGCACUUGCAAUUUGUUCGUUAUAAAGGACUUUCGUUAUACAGAAUUUCCUCUGUAUAAUACUUUUUGAUAGGGUUCUAUUAUUACAAAGGGCGGUAAAGAAGCUGGUAUUAUAAGGUGGCAUAUUGGGUCAUAAUAAAGAGGUUUUGUUGUGUAAUGACUGACAAAAGACUCUGGCGUCCUUUACAAAAGAUAAAGCGCCACUUUGUAAUGUUACCUAUAGGGGAUUGAGCUUUGUACGGGUUUGAAUGGGUAAAAUAAGGUUUUUCUUAAGGUCGAUUUAGCAGUUUUCGGACAAAAUUUUUUUUAAUUUUUGAAUUUUAAAGUAUGUUUUAUAAUGAAAAUUCAAAGGUAAUGCCAUUUUGAUUCUAGGUCACCUUACAUCCUUCAAGGUUGUUACCAGAAGUCACUCCAAUACCUGCUACAUCUUCAAAAGUUACUCCAAUACCUGCUACAUCUUCAAAAGUUACUCCAAUAUCUGCUACAUCUUCAGAAUCAGCACCGUCUACAGCUGAUAACAUGGCCUGGGCAAGUAGAAUCCAAAUGGAAUCAGCAGCAGCGGCUACUGAAGCCCCAACGAUGUUCCCAUUUGGAGCACAGGCUUGGUUUGGGUUGAAUUCGAAUGUGCAAUCGGUUACAAGGCCAGGUGGUGGUAUAAAUUUGGCUACAGGUCCAGGAGGUGGUCUACUAUCAGCUACAAGGCCUACUGAUGAUGUAGGUUUGGCUGCAAGGUCAGGUGUUGAUGUAUGGUUGACUACAAGACCAGAUGGAGGUCUAACGUCAGCUACAGUAGCCGAUAGGGACGUAUGGGCGAAUACUGUAGCGAAUUCUGGAUCAAGAGCGUAUACAGUACCUGUCCCUCGGAUACUAUCAUCUACUGUAUCAGACCCUCGAGUACGACUACCUACCGUACCCAAUCCUGGCGUACCAUCACCUACAGUAUCAGACCCUCAAGUACUAUCAUCUAAUGUCUCCGACCCUCGAGUACUAUUAUCGGCAGUAUCUAAUCCUCGAGUACGAUCUCCUACAGUACCAAAUCUAGCCUCCGGAGGCAAAAACCAAAAGUCCUCGGCGUCAGAAGCUACAACCACGAUCAACAGAGCUUCAGAAGGUGGUUCAGCACAGCUACAUAAUCCUGAAGGCUUAGGAAUGCCUGAUUUCGGAUCCAUUUUGGGUAUGUACUCGACCGAUCAUGGUGUAACAGAAAGUUUCGCAUCAGAAACUGCAGCUACAGGCCGACAAGAAACCCAGAAUUUAAGACCAUCGUCCAGGAAGAGUUCUGAGUCGAGAAGAGCCAUUAGAAGUGAUUCUACACGAACACCAGAUGGUAAAUUGAAGUCAGCUACAGGAUCAGAUUCUAGAGGACCUAUGGACAAUACUGGAUUUAGGGGGAAUUCUGGAGCUUCUACUGGCUUCAGAAAGGAUUCUGGAGCUUCUACUGGCUUCAGAAAGGAUUCUGGAGCUUCUACUGGCUUCAGAAAGAAUCCAAAAACAGCUACUGGAGCUAAUGGUGAACCCUUGGCUUCUACUGGCAUUUGGCCUCAAGCAGCUUCUAUUGGGUCCAGGAAGGAGUCUAUGGCUUCCACUGGUUCCGGACAGGAUUCUGCUGCUUCUACUGCCUUUGGACAGGGAUCGACCGCCGCUACUGGAUUUAGGAGGAAUUCUGAAGCUUCUGCAGGCUUGAGACAGGAUUCUGGAUCUUCUACUGGCUUCAGGAAGGAAUCUACGACUACUGCUGGCUUCAGAAAGAAUCCAAAAACGGCUACUGGAGCUAAUCGUGAAAACUUGGCUUCUACUGGCAUUUGGCCUCAAUCUACUGUACCUAUGGCCAAUUCAACAACUGAUAGAGCUCCAGAAGCGACUAAUCUUCUGAAGAGGUCAUUUUUAAAUCAACAGCCGGCUUCAUUGGCUUCGAGUGACCCGAGAAGACCGGUGCCACAUCAACAGCCGGCUUCGUUGGGUUCGAGUGAUCUAAAAAGGCCGAUUCUAGAUCAACAGCCGGCCUCAUUGGCUUCUAGUGACCCAAGAAGACCGGUGUCAGGUCUACCAGGAACGUCAGGAGCUCGCACUGAUCCAAGAAGACCGACAGCGAUUAAUUCUGACCCAAGAAUGCCAACAGCGACUGCUUCUGAUCCAAGAAGGCCAAGAUUAACUAAUUCUGACCCAAGAUAUGCGUUUUCAAUGAAUCGAAUUCAAGACCCAACUUCACCGACCGAUAACGUGGAGAAUCGACCUUUAUUGGCUGCUACAGGACAAGUUGCAGUCUCAGGAAAUACUAGUAAUGAACCUGGAGUAGUACGAGAUCGAGUUGAGUCAAGAGUUAUAAAGCCUCCACCAAGAAGUUGGACUCACGCCAUUCCGGAUUAUAUGGUAGGUUGAAAUUUGGUUUUGUAUUCUUUUAUUUUUAAAAAAGGCGGGCGGGGGGGGGGGGGAAGGGGGGAAGGGAGGCAUGGCGAGCUUAGACAUACGAUUAGUUGGGUUAUUUUAGAUUCAGUAGUAGACUCAGAGUUACAUAUGUAGUAGGCUUAGGGUUAGUAGAGUUGAGCUUAGUAGCCUUGGUGGACUUAGGCUUAUCCUCGGUGGGCUUAGGCUUGGCCUUAGUAGGCUUUUUUUAGUAGGUUUAGCCUUGUUAUGCUGAGGUUUAUUAGGCUUAGGAUUCGUAGGCUUAAGCUUUGUAGGUUGGGGCUUAGUAGGCUUAGGCUUAGUAUGCUUAGACUUAGUAGGCUUAUGCUGAGUAGUAUUAGGCUUAGUGGAUUAGGAUUUGUGGGCUUAGACUUGGUAGGCUUAGAUAUAGUUUGUUUAGGCUUAGCAAGCUUAGACAUAGUAGGCUUAGUAUGCUUAGAGAUAGUAGGCUUAGGCUUAGUUUGGUUUGAUUUACAACUUUACUUGUUAGUAGGCUUAAGGCGGGUAAGCUUUGAUUUAAUUGUCUUACAUUCGUUAGGCUUUUUAACCUUAGGAUAACGAGGCUUUCUCUAGUCAUAGAAAUUAAACUCGAAAUUUAAAAAAGUCCAAAAUUUAAAUUAUUUUUUUAGAAACUUUCAUCACCUUACUUCAAUCCCCAAAAAGCGGCGACCGAAACCCGGACUGCAAUCCUAACGCCACGCCAACCUUUGAAAGCCCCACCAUUGGACUACAACGCGUACCUGGUCGAACUGAUGAAAGGCAUGAACGAAGAACGAAAUGCUCGAGAGAAAGCCGGCUAUCAGCGAAGGAAGUGCACCAGACAGGAAGUGAGCCAAGCCCUGGAAGCAGCGUCUGGACUAAGAAGGUUGGUGCCUGGAAGAGGGGACUCGAGUGAAGGGAAUGGUCCAAAAGUACAUGGAAAGGACGUGGGUGGCGAUUCUAGGCGGUAG